AUGGCACCCAACAUCCGAAAAUCACAUCCCCUAUUAAAAAUAAUCAACAAUUCUCUAAUCGACCUCCCUGCUCCAUCCAAUAUCUCUGCUUGAUGAAAUUUUGGCUCUCUACUAGCAGUAUGCCUCACCACCCAAAUCCUCACUGGCCUCCUACUAGCUAUACACUAUACAGCAGACACCUCACUCGCAUUCUCUUCAGUAGCCCACACAUGCCGAAACGUCCAAUACGGCUGACUUAUCCGCAAUCUCCAUGCAAAUGGCGCUUCAUUCUUUUUCAUCUGCAUUUUCCUCCACAUCGGACGUGGACUCUACUACGGCUCCUACUUGUACAAAGAAACCUGAAACACAGGAGUAAUCUUGCUUCUCACACUCAUAGCAACUGCAUUCGUAGGAUACGUUCUCCCAUGAGGACAAAUAUCAUUCUGAGGGGCCACCGUCAUUACAAACUUAUUCUCAGCAAUCCCCUACAUCGGACAAACCUUAGUAGAAUGAGCCUGAGGGGGAUUCUCAGUUGAUAACCCAACCCUUACCCGAUUCUUCGCCCUACACUUCCUCCUCCCCUUUGUAAUCGCAGGGAUCACCGCCAUCCACCUUAUAUUCCUACACGAGUCAGGCUCAAACAAUCCACUAGGUAUUUCAUCCAACUCUGACAAAAUUCCAUUCCACCCAUACUACUCCCUCAAAGACAUCCUAGGUCUCGCAUUUAUACUAACCCCCCUCCUCACAUUAGCCCUAUUCUCACCCAACUUCCUCGGAGACCCAGAAAACUUCACCCCAGCAAACCCAUUAGUAACCCCUCCUCACAUCAAACCAGAAUGGUACUUUCUAUUUGCUUACGCCAUCUUACGCUCAAUCCCAAACAAACUUGGAGGCGUCCUGGCCCUAGCAGCAUCAGUCCUUAUCCUCCUCCUCAUCCCCUUCCUCCACAAAUCUAAACAACGAACCAUAACAUUCCGCCCACUUUCCCAAAUCCUAUUCUGACUCCUCGUAGCUAACCUCCUUGUCCUAACCUGGGUAGGAAGCCAACCAGUAGAACACCCAUUUAUCCUUAUUGGACAAAUUGCUUCACUCUCGUACUUCACCAUCCUUCUUCUCCUCUUCCCCCUAAUUGGAACCCUAGAAAACAAAAUACUCAACCACUAA